AUGGCACCCCAGGAAGAUGAGCUGUUGCCCGAGAACGCCACUGGCUACAAGCUCUCUCAGCCCAAGCAGUCCUUAGCUGAGUACCAGAAAAUGGACAACAAACCCUAUCCAACAAGCUGCUUUACCAAGUUCAAGGACAAGAUGUCUUUUGUUCGCAGAGUCAGCUUCCGCGACCCCGACCCGGCAAGCCUGGGUAGUCGGGGUGCACGGAAUGAUACACCAGCGGGUCGCCCGGUGCGAUGCCGUUCUCCCUACCCUCACAAUAGCUCUCUGGAAGACGAGGAGGAGGAUACGGACGAUUGUCACGAAUCAGAGGCUGACACUGAUGACUCUUCAGACGAGGGCGAUGAGUCUCUGCAGCGCUACAAGCAGUCUCUUGGCCUGGCCGCCGACGAUCUGUCGGAUCCCAAGGAUCCCCGCGUGUGCAUCAUCCAGUCGCUUACGAUGGAGUCGCCCGGUCGCGACCCCGUUGUCAUUGAUCUUUCGGCUCCUGGCAGUGCCGACGACCUCAAGAAGAAACUCUUCAAGAUCAAGGGAGGCGCGGUCUUCACCAUGAGCGUCCAGUUCAAGGUCCAGCACGAGAUCCUCAGCGGCCUGCACUACGUCCAGGUUAUCAAGCGUAAGGGCCUGGGGCUCUUGGGCGACAAGUCUUCCGAGAUGAUUGGUAGCUUCGCGCCCAACACCGCCAAGCAGCCCAUCUACACCAAGAAAUUCCAAGAGGAGACAGCUCCAGCCGGCUGGGCCGCCCGCGGCCAUUACUUCGUCAGCUCCAGCUUCGUCGACGACGACAAGAAGACCCAUCUGCAGUUCGACUGGGCCUUCGAGAUCGACAAGGACUGGUGA